UUGCGUCUCCUAAUAGAGCCGUACUCGCCUCUCCAACACUUUUCAUUUCAGAUUUGUGGUCAUGCAAAAGCGGCAGCGUUCAGUUGCAAUCGGUCGGUUCCAGUACAUCAGACUUUGCUUGAACUCUUUCCUCGUUUAUCAGCUUGGGAUCAAUGUGAUCCAGCACUGUGCAAGGUCAUGUUCGAGCAUGCAAAAAAUAUAGUCCAGAAGAAUGGCAAUGCGCUUGUGGCUCUCGGUUUGUUGAUGCUUCAAAACCCAGAGCGAUUCAGAGGCAAUAUUGGGCAAAUGAUGAUGGUGGUAACAGACAUGCUGAACACUGCUGUUUCCAAGAAACGUGCUCCUGAGCCAGCUGUUUUCAUAUUUCUGACAUUAUUCGUCAAGGCGUACAAGCAGUCAGUGAUGAAUGAAAUUAAGCAGCUUUUGGGUCUGCUAUUCAAAACGGGUCUAUCCAAAGGUGGGUUCACUUUUUUUAGAGGAAGGGUUUCAUUGCUUGUGGCGUUGUUGCAAACCAAUUGGCUCCUCACGCGCAUGAGAGAGCUCUCAGCCGUAUGGGCCUGCAUCCACAAGGUUGCAGUUUUGAUGUCCCUAGAUUUAUGUAAAACUAAUCUGUGCAUUAAAGGUUGUGUUCUGCCGAGUAAGCUGGAUCCACCGAAAAAGCCAGUACUUCCUUCACAAACAUUACAGGUUUCAAAUGUUCCUCUCACAAUAUUAGCGUUGGAUACGCUUGGCGAGUUCGAUUUUCAACGGCACUAUUUGGAAAUGUUCAUGCAGUUCAUUUCUGACGGAUAUCUCUUGUGUGACUCAGUAGCGGUGCGUUUAGCGGCCGUCAGGUGCUGUGCGGCGAUAUCCAAACCGUUUGUGAAGGUGUAUGAAAAGGUGCAUCGUGAGCAUCGCCAAUGGGUAUUAGCUCUUAUUCAUGGAGUGCUGAGAAGUCUUGUCAGCGCUGGAGUUGUUGAUCCUCAGUUGGAAGUGCGGUUAUGCGUUAUGCAAUGCUUUUGUGAAGCAGACCGCGCUUUUCUGUCUCAUCUAGCACAGCCGGAAAUGCUUCAGUUACAGUUUAUGAGCUUGCAUGACGAGAAACUGGAGAUGCAGGAGGCUGCUGUUUGUCUUCUUGGUCGUUUAUCUGAGCUUAAUCCUGCUUUGGUGUUGCCGAGAAUGAGACGGGUAUUGCUUGAGACAUUGAGUCAGUUGACAAAUAGUGGUCAAGCCAAGCUUGAACAACACAGUGCUCGCCUGCUCACUCAACUCACACGCCAAAGCCCAAAGUUCAUGCGGCCCUAUUUAGGACCCCUUCUUCAGGCACUACUUCCGAAGCUGAGAAACGAAAUGAAGCAUGUCGAUGUCACCGUUCAUGUACUUCAUGCCAUUUCGGAGCUAUGUGUAGUAGUUGGUGGAGCCGAGAUUGUUCGAAACAUCGAUCCCAUGUUCCAAAAGCUCACUCAGCUUAUCAAUGAUUCGAAAGUUGGUUCAACGAGACGAAGAGGCUCCCUGAAAGACGAAAUGUCGUCGAGGAUGCGCCGCCAGGCCAUCAAAACUCUUGGAAUCCUUGGGGCAUUGGAUCCGUACACGCAUAAGGUUUUCACGGGUGCGGUCCAAUCGGCUACCUCAAUUAGUACCGCACUAUCGCUUCCAAUGGCAAGAGAUGCUGCCGAUCCUAGACAAGAUAUAAUUCAGUGGUAUAAUUAUGAGAAGUGCACUUUGGAAGAGUUCUAUCCUGCAAUCACAAUUGCAAAUCUCAUGGUGAUGGUCCAAGAUGAGGCGUUUACACAGUACUACAAGGAGAUCGCACAAGCUUUGCUCACUAUUUUCCGAAGUCUCGGCGAUUCUUUUCCGCAAUAUGUUCAGCAGGUCGUGCCACGUUUGAUCGAGGUGACUCGUGCGUGUCGUGGCCGUCCGUCUCAUCGGGAGUUCUUCUUGAGGCAGCUUGCUAGCCUUGUUGCCAUUAUCAAAGUUCAUGCAAAGCCGUACAUGAAACAGAUUUUCAGUCUGAUUGCCUUCAGUAGUUUGCAGGACGCAUGGAGUGAGGAUCACAGUGUCAAAGUGACAGUGGUGAGCGUACUCGAACAAAUUGGAACCGCAAUGGGUCAAGAGUUUGCGCCUCAUAUAGCUGAGCUUAUUCCUUACUUGCUACGGGUUGUACAGACCGAUAAGAGCGAAGAGCGAAAGCUCACUGCACAAGUUUUGUCGUGUGUUCGUUCGUUGUCUGGGUGCCUUACACCACAUCUCCAUUUGGUCUUACCCCCGGUGCUCAUGAUACUAGACGAUUCUGCGGUGCCGACACCUGUGCGACAGUCAGCCUUAGGUACGGUUCUGCACCUGACUCGAUGUGACGACCUAUCCGACUACGCACCACGACUCAUGCAAACAUGGCAAAGAGGUAUCUCUGUAGUCGCCCUUCAACCUCAGCUACUAGAACUGUUGGUGGAAAUAGUCAAUCAGAUGUGGAAGCAUUUCGAGGUGUUCCGUAGAAGUGUCGACGCCAAUCUGAGGAAAUACAACUUGAAUAGUGGGGAAAUGUACGAGAAAUACAUAAGUAUGAAACCGCUCAACAGGCGAUGUUACAUCCAGCUGAACGGCCAGGGAAACGUCGUGGCACUGGCGCAGUUCCGCCGGAGAGGAUUAAUGUCUCGCAUACCAUUACUAAAGUCUGCAGCGAAGAACAUGGAUCAGAUUCUAAGCUGGACUGUUAAUAAGCAGAGGCUCAACACCGACGCGGUAGUUCGAGCAUGGGCGGUCGAUUCGUUGGUGUCUAAGGAGGAAUGGGCGCAGUGGCUGGUCAAAUUACGUGUAGCUUUUAUCAAGUCAGGCAGUUCAGCAGCAAUCCGGGCAGCUGCGUCGCUGAGUGACCAGCAUCAACACUUAGCAAAGUAUGUUUACAACUUACUGAACACUUUUUUAGAAGCUGUUUUCCAUCAGCAUUUUUCGCUGCCAGAACCGCAUCUUGAUUCAACACCCAUCUUCGAUAACCAAAUCGAUGGAAAAUCCCUUCGAUGUAGGUCGAAUAGGAAAUACCGGCAUAUUUCGACACGGCAGAUUCUGGUGACGACGGUGGAUCCACAGUCUGCGAUGUUUGAGCUACAAUACUAUGGAUCUCUUCAAAAUGCCGGCUUCCAAAAUGCCGCUUUCAUGUCUGUGUGGACAGAGCUGACCGAGGAGUUACAGGACAAGCUUACUGGAUCCUUACUGACAGCACUGGAGACCAGUAAUCAUCCAGAUGUUAUCCAGACUAUUCUGAACUUGGCUGAAUUCAUGGAUCAUUCUGAAAGGGGUCCUCUGCCGAUUGCAUACGAUCGCUUGGGAAAAAGCGCUGAGGAGACGAAAGCCUAUGCGAAGGCAUUGCGCUACAAGGAGCUUCAGAUUCACAAGCAUCUCAACAAAGGCGGAGGAAGAUUAACGACGGAAGAUUGUCAAGCGCUCAUCACGUACGCAAAUAAGCUGAACGUACAAGAAGAAGCCGCUGGUGUUGUGCGAUAUGCUGAACAACAUGAAAUGGUCAUUCCGAUGCUUGGGCGAUGGUACGAGAAGUUGAACGAGUGGGAGAAAGCUCUCGAAGCAUAUAUGUCUGAUCCGGAGCCGACGUCCGACGAGAUGAUCGGACAUCAGAUGCGAUGUCUAGAAGCCUUGGGUCGUUGGAGUGAAUUGAACGAGCGUGCUCGAACCGUACAGCGAAAAGACCAGAAGAUCGCAGUGAUGGCCGCUCGCGGAGCAUGGGCAGUCGGUGAAUGGCAAGCGAUGGAAGAUUAUGUUUCUCAAAUUAAUGAUAAUACACAAGAUGGCGCAAUGCUGAGAGCUGUUCUAGCUGUGAAAAGGGAUAACUACGACGUGGCGAUCAAUUAUAUUGAUAAGGUUCGCGACAUGUACGACAGUGAACUGACAGCGAUGGCAAGCGAGAGCUACGAGCGUGCUUAUGGCGCGAUGGUUUGCAUUCAACAGCUUGCCGAGCUGGAAGAAGCUAUCGAGUUCAAGAUUCGACCAGAACGCCAGACGAGAAUCGCUUUGUUGUGGAGUCGUCGACUUCAGGGAUGCCGGCAAAAUAUUGAACAAUGGCAGCGGUUGCUUAUGCUGAGAUCGUUGGUGUUAACACCGCAAGAAAUGCAUCCGUUACGUGUGAAAUUCUCCUCACUAUGUCGUAAACAAGGGAAACACGUUAUGUGCCGUGAUGUGCUACGCGAACUGCUUGGACUCGAACCUGGUGCUCCACUCCAUAAAGCCGUUGCUCCGAGUGAUAAGCCACAGUUGGUGUUGGCAUUGUGCAAACAGCUGUGGAUGGAUGAUUACCGUAAUGAAGCUGUGCGAACAUUGGAAGCUCUCGUUAACCACCUUGAUCGUCUUCCUCCGAACCACACACCAGAAGCUGCGCGAUUGUGUGCAAAAGCUUGUUUGAAACUGGGUGAAUGGACAGAGAUCUUGGCUGAAAGUGCUCCGACAACGAGCGGUGGCGCUUCGUUCUCCCAUAAUGGCAGUCCACAUCGGUCGUUGUUUGGUGGGUCGCCAAUUACCGACGAGCAGACAGCUACAGAGCAAGUUAUUCGACAUUAUGCGAGA